AUGAAUUCCUUCUUCUGCGAAGACACAAGGGAGGAAGAACAGCUCCUCCAGAAAAUCAUCCAAGUUAAGGAAGACACCUUGCCCAAAGUUAUCCUCGAAAUUGUAAGCAACAAAUGUUUGUCGAAAAAGACAUCAAAGGGGGAGCAGGCGAAGGUCAAAGUGGAGCCCCACUUUUCGGGGCACUCUCCCGUGAUGAAUCAAAGCCAUGAUGAAUGGAGUGACCACACGUAUGCAGCCAAAAAGGAGGAACAAAGUAACGCCCAACCUGCGAACAGCGAAAUUCUGAACAAAGAAGUGCACGCGAAUAUUUUCACUUUCCAUCUUAAAAAAAAUGGACAUGUCAACGCAGACACUUUUUUUAUACCCUAUAAAAGUAACAAUAAUGAGGACGUCAUAAGAGAGUACACGUAUAGUUACGGCUAUUACGAUGUGUACAGUCCGAAUAUUGAGAAGACGAACAAACUCUUUCACGCGAAUUAUAAUCCGUUGUGUGAUGUUGCAGGAGAAGGGGGUGAAGGGGUGAUUGGUCAGAAGAAGGUUAAAAUAAAACAGGAGGGGGUAGACGCAGAGGAAGAUCAACUACCUCCAGACGGAUUUGUCGAAUGGAGCAUGCAAAAAGGUGGGACAACGGAAGGCGCUCCAGUAGGAUCACUCCCCCUUACAAAUGCAAACGACCCCUGUACAGCAAACAACAUGGAAAAGUUUCUUGUCCACUUUAGGGGAAGACUGUUCAUCGGAUGUAAUCUCAUCUAUUCUCACUUCAAGUGUAACACCUUUCUAGGCACCAUACAAAGUGGAGAAUUGGACGAAGGGGAAGGCACCCCCGUCACAGAAAACGAUCUCCAUUUUGUUAAAAAGGAAAUACAAACAUACAACACAAUUCAUAAUGCCACUUAUUGGAAGCAGGAUGAAUAUCCGGAUGUGUCCGAUCCGAAUAUUCAGAAGUUCCUCUUCCUAACGGUCGUGCCGGCACUGUGUGAUUAUUCGGAGGAGGGGGAACAACUCACCGAUGACGUUCUGUUUUAA